AUGGAUCAAAUGGUGGCACCGAUGAGAUUUUUGGCAAUCGACGAUGCCGAAUUCGUUACGCUCAAAGCUUGUGUCUUGUUCAACCCUGUUGCAAAAGGCCUAUCGCCAUUGGCUGUCACUACCGUAUUGAAUACCCGAAGGCGUAUCUUCUCAGCGUUGGAACAUUACGUUCGGACGAGAAAAUUCGAUGAAAAAACGCGGUUAGGAGAUCUGACGUGUUUUUUGCUUUCUCCGUUAUCGUCUUUGGCAAAUUCUAUUUGCGAAGAUAUUUUGGUGACAAAAUUGAGCGGUGUGGCACGGCUGGAUGUACUUAUGGAAGAACUUAUGCUAGCCGAUGCUGAAGAACAAAACAAAGGUCCUCAAAGAGCAAUGCUAACCGUCGACACAGCUCUACCCUCUACCAAUGAUUUUGGCAGUUUGUUAUCUGAGAAGACGUCACUUUCGUUGACAGAACCAUUAUCGGACGAGUUUGACGCUCUCAGCACAUUUCCCUCGGGAAUCACCCAUACUUUUACUCUUUCAAACUUUGAGGAGUCACUUCCGAUCUCACCAUCUCCUUCAGUGUCACCGAAUCUGCUCUGGUCAAGUCAGUUGGCAUCGUGCCAGCACAGCCCUCUAUAUAUCCCAAAUGGAGGCUAUUAA